AUGUUUUGCAGAUACCCGUUAGUGCCGCGACCGACGCCGGCGCAGCGCACCAUCGACGCCUCGCCGCGAACGCUUCGCAAAUAUAAACAAUAUUAUACAACCGCUACGCGCCUGGAUCGUAACCGUCGGGUGUUUAGUAAACAGUGUUGUGACAAGGAUUGCUUUUACUUUAACCCGCGCGGUCGAACGGAAGCGAACCGAGUGAAAAAUCGGUAUGGCAAUGAAGGAAUGGCUACAAUGGUUGCCACCACCGCGAUCACUGCUAGCGCUCGUUUUGGCGACACUUGCCACUCGCUGUGCAGGCUCGUCGGUCUUAUUACAACACUUCUCUCUUACAAGUUCGAGCGCGCUGACGAGGGCGCCGGCCGUGAGGGGAAACUGCGCAACACGUUCGGCUGGGCGCGGAUCGAGGUUGUCGGCCGGCUGUCGGUCCACGUGCUGUUCGCGUCGUUCGCGCUGGCGCUGGUCGUCAACGCGCUGCAGCUGGGCGUGCACUCGUCGCACGUGCAGCCGCCCCGGUACCCCAAGGUCAUCGUCGGCAGCGCCGUCCUAGGGCUGCUGCUCUACACGGUUAACUACAUGUUGCUGGCCGGUCGAGAGCUGAGCUACAGCCGUCGCCUGAGCAUGACGGAGGGCGGCGGGGUGGUGCUGAAGACUGGCUCCGGGGAGCCGGUGCUGGCACACGCGCCAAUCGACAUCGUCAGCAGCCUGUUCGCCAUCGGGGCCGGCCUGACCUCGGAGUGGGAACCAGAAGUGGCGCGCAUUGCUGACCCAGCGCUGUCGGCAUGCGCCGCCAUUGUACUCGUAGUGUUCAACUACCCAUUCAUGCGGUCCGCCGGGCUAGUGCUGCUGCAGACCGUCCCCGAAGGUCUCGGCGCCUGUGAGCUCCGCGAGGCGGCGCUCAAGGUGCCCGGCGUUCUCGCCAUCCACGAGCUCCACGUGUGGCAGCUUCACCGCGACAAGAUCGUCGCCACGGCGCACAUCGCUUACGGCUCGCACGAAGAUUAUUUGCGCAAUUGCGAUCUAGUUUGCGACGUGUUCAAACGCCACGGGAUAAGUCUGGUCACACUGCAGCCAGAGUUCACACUCACAGCAAUUGGUGGAACGGACGAAGAGAAGAAGACAUUGGUCGACUUCGCCAACGUGGCUUGCUCCUGUCCAUGCGCUAAAGAGUGCACGGCGCCUAGAUGCUGUGAAGCACCGCGGAGGCCUCUAGUGACGCGCAUA